CGAGAAAGUGCAAUAAAACACCGUGAAGCAGGUCAAAAUAAUUCUCAACUGCUGUCAUAUGGGUAUAAAAAUAUGGUCUGAAGUUUAGGGGAGGUGGUUAUAUAUUUAUACACCUAUAAAAGCUAUAUUGGAUGGCUUAAGUUAUCAGUACACUGAUCAGAAAGGUUUUAGUUUGGUAGAAAAUAAUCAUGGGGAAAUUGGCGGUAUUAUUUGCUCUCGGUGUUCUAAUAUGUGCAAUAGAACAGUCUUCAGGAAUGGGAACAUAUUAUUGGACCUACCCUGGAGCGCAAAGUGGAGCUCUUGCCUACCCCGCACCUGUACCAUAUCAACCAUACCAGCAAUUCGCACCUUAUGCAGCUUUUGUUCCUGUUGAUUGUGAUGAGAACAAAGUAGCAGAUGAAGGCAGCGAUAGUGGUAGUAGUAGUAGUAGCAGCAGCAGCAGCAGCAGCGAAGAAAGUGGUGAAGCUCCAGAUUCAAGUAGCAGCAGUAGUGAAGAAGAAGCUAAACCAGAAGAAGGUGGUUCAGAUGAAGCUCCAGAAUCCGGUGAAGAAGCUCCUGAAGGUGAAGGUGGAGAAGAAGGAGGAUCUUCCGAAGGAUCAGGAGAGUCUAAGAGUGAACCCAGUGAAGGGGAAAAGAAAAAGAAAAAGGAAGAGAAGCCAGCACCACUUUUCCCACCAGUUACCUACAAUUUUCCUGCUAGGCCAGUUCAACAAUAUGUCUAUUCAGCGCCAAUCAGCCAAUUCAUGCCACUCAGAACAUAUUCUGUUGUUCAACAACAGUCAGCUUACCCAGUUAAAAGUAUGAAUUCGUACUAUGGUGCGGUACCUGUAUCGGGAGGAUAUAAUGCACCCGUAGGAUAUAAUGCACCUGUAGGAUAUAAUGCACCUGUAGUUAGUGGACCGAUGAAUGGACCUACAGUUGUGAAAAGUUAUUCCCCAGUCACAAGGCUCCUAUCCAGCGCGGUCACAAGAGUUGUACAAUCUCCUGUUUCAUAUGUUCCAUCAAAUAGCUACACAUACUGGAACCCUAGUGGCAAUUUGGGGUACUAUAAGAAGUAAAAGCACGUUAGGACCAGUGCUUUGAUUACAGAUUUUUAUAAAUUGGACUUAAACUGCUUUUAGAAUAUUGCAUUAAAAGAAACGAAAACAAAUUGA